GCAAACAGAAACAGUUGGCAAACGAACGAGCUGCCGUGAUGUGGACGCUGAUUGGAUUGCUUCUAGGCACUGUGCAUGUUGCCUUUGCUGCAGUUUACCUGUAUCUCACCUGGUUCCAUGGCUACUGGACGAAACGAGGUCUGGUGACAGCCAAGCCGUUGACGCUGCUCGGCAGCUAUCCAGGUUUGUUUGGUGGCGGCAGCAGCUUCAUCGAAGACAUUGGCAAGAUUUACAACAAAUACAAGGGAAAGCAGCGAGCUGUGGGCACAUUUUUAACACGGAAGCCGCAGAUUCUGGUGCUCGAUCCGCAGCUGGCGCACGAGGUGUUGGUCACAAAGUUCAGCGACUAUCGAGACACGGUGACGAGCAGCUAUGUAACUCACUCCAAGGACGACUAUGACAAGUAUGUGGCACGCAAUCCCUUCUUCAGUGCCGGCGAUGAGUGGAAGAAGCGACGCACAGACGGCGGCGCAGGCCUAACGCCCAAUAGACUGAAGCAAGCCUAUGCCAUCUGGGAGCAGACGGGAGAGAUGCUCGUCAACUAUAUGCAGAGAUGCAUUGAGGAGCGCCAUAGUAAUAUCAUCGAGACCAGAGAUCUCUGCUAUCGCUAUACAGCUCAGGCCAUGGGCGACUUCAUCUGGGGCAUUGACGCUGGCUCCUUGAGCGGCAGCCCCAAUGAGACGAGUUCCUUUCAGCGUUUCUCUAUGAACUGGGUUAGCCACGCUUUUCUGAGCAUGCCGCGGUUCAAUCGCACACCGAUCGCGCCCAUCGUACGCAAAUUGUUUCGCAUGCGUUUCUUUACCCAGGAAUCGAAUGAUUUCUAUCUGAAGCUCACCCGGGAUGCGGCCAAGCUGAGGCAGAGCGGCUGCGGCGGAGAACGCUCAGAUUACUUGGCGCAUCUGAUGCAGCUGCAGGAGAAGGGCGCCAGCCUGGAUGAUCUGGUGGGUCAUGCUCUGACUGUGCUAAUGGAUGGCUUUGAGACCUCGGCCGCUGUGCUCUAUCAUAUGCUCUAUACGCUGGGCGCUUGUCCAGAGCAACAGGAAAAGUUACGCUCCGAAAUCUUGAAUGCUUUGGCCGCUGAUAAGCACAUUAGCUACGAACAGCUAAAUGCUCUACCUUAUCUCGAUCAGUGUAUCAAUGAAUCGAUGCGAAUGACCAGUGUUAUUGGCUUCUUCAUUAAGAUCUGCACAAGGCCAACAACAAUUGACUUAGGCAAUGACAAAAUUUUAAAAGUCGAGCCAGGCAUCACUGUGGCAAUACCCUCCUAUCAAUUGCAUCACGAUGAAACCUAUUUUCCCCAACCGGACGAGUUUCGGCCCGAACGCUUUGACAAUGGAGCUGCCAGCGAGUUUACCAAGCGCGGCUGCCUGCUGGCUUUUGGUGAUGGACCACGCAUUUGCCUGGGCAUGCGAGUUGGUUUACUAAACGUGAAAAUGGCUUUGCUACGCAUUUUAUCCGAAUUCAAAGUCGAGCAGACUAAAAAAUUGUCCCUCAGCUCCGACUCCGGGCUGGGAAUGUAUUUGAAUGGGGAUGUUGAUUUGAGAUAUACGCGCAUAAAACUUUCCAAAUAAAAAUUCGAAUUUCAAUGUAUCCAUUGUAUGCACUCAACCUUUCUGGCGACACUCGGCGUAUUAUGAAAUGUGUCUCUGGUUGUGUGUGCGUUGGACUUUUGGGGUCGCAGUGUACCGAAAAUUUAAUUUAGCGCAAACCAACCGCAGACCAACUGACACCAAGGCGCCGCCUGCUCUUUAGCCCCGCCUCAAAUGUCGCUGCGAACCUGAACUGAACUGCGGCAAGCCCGUUGGACUUUAUGCCAUGUACAAGAAUU